AUGGCGCCUAAGGAACCGGAUUUUGUAGAAAUCGCUCAUCAAAGGGCAAAAGAAAAAAAAACACAUGUUAGUUUUCCGCAGUUAAAAUAUCCUUCUCUUAGAGAUGAGGGCUUAAAGGAUCCCGUAUUAUGGCUGACUGGCAAGGCCAUGGACGAUGGAGCCGAGGGGCUAUGGAGAGUGCAUGACAAACUUUACGACUUGGAGAGUUUUAUCGAUAGACAUCCUGGUGGUCGGGAGUGGUUGGAAUUAAGCAAGGGCUUAGACGUUACCGAGGCCUUCGAAGCACACCAUCUUAAUCCGUCAACCGAGAAAAUGUUGUCAAAGUUCUAUAUAAGAGACGCUAAAUCCCCAAGAAAUUCACCUUUCACGUUUCAAGACGAUGGCUUUUAUCGAACUUUAAAGAAAAGGGUAUGGGAAGAGCUUAAAACGAUUCCUAAAAUGGAAAAUAGACGUUCGGACAUGGUGACUGAUGGUCUUCUUGCCACUUGCUUGGCAGCUUCCACGAUUGCUUCUUGGGCGGAAAACUAUUGGAUUGCAACAGCCGCUUGUUUUGUUGCUUCAGUAUGCUUAGCGUGGAUUUUGGUAGCGGCACACAAUUAUAUACAUAGAGGGCCCAAUUUUCGAAUGUACUACUUCAACUUAGCGCUUUGGUCGUAUAGAGAUUUCAGAGUGUCGCAUGUGUUAUCCCACCACCUUUAUACAAAUACUCUAAUGGACUUAGAAGUCAGUGGAUUUGAGCCGAUAAUUUUCUGGAAUCCACGAAAAGAACGACCAUUUUAUGCUGACUAUGCAAUUGUGAUUGAGCAAUUUGUAUUUCCGUUUAUGUUUAUCUUAAACUUUUUAAAAAGAACCAGCCUUAUCUUCUUACGUCCCGGUUUCUUCACUCAUCACAUCCGAUGGCAUGAUGGCAUUGGUUUACUAUUACCAAUAUGGAUCUAUCUGACGAGUGGCGCUUCGUUUUAUCACGCUGUAGUUACGUGGUUAUGGAUUAACUGCACUGCUAGUUUUAUAUUCUUCACGAUUGGUUCCAACGCCGCUCAUCAUCAUCCCAUGAUCUUUAAGGAUGGAGAUGAAGUCAGUGACGUAACACCUGAUUGGGGCAUGCACGAGCUCGAAGCGGUGAUGGACAGACGAGAUAUCAAUGACAGUCACUUUAAAGUGAUGACUUUUUUUGGACACCACGCUCUUCACCACCUCUUCCCUACUUUAGACCACGCGGUGUUGGAACAUUUGUAUCCAGUAUUCCUGGAGUACUGUGAAAAGUACAAAGCAAACUUCAAAGAGACCUCUUCACUGGAUUUAUUUAUCGGACAGAUUAAAGCGACUUUGAAGACGCGACCAACUUUACUGACAGAAAAGAAAUCACGUUAUUAA